AAGGGUUUCUUGGAUUCUGAUGGUGUUCAUCUGUGUGAAUUUUGCAGGUAUAGAUCAAAGUUUCAGUCUUGUCAUGGCCAAAAGUUCUUUCAAGCUUGAACACCCUUUGGAGAGGAGGCAGUCAGAAUCUUCUCGCAUUCGAGAGAAGUAUCCUGAUCGAAUUCCGGUGAUUGUUGAGAAGGCAGAGAAGAGUGAUGUCCCUGACAUCGAUAAGAAGAAAUACCUUGUCCCAGCUGAUUUGACUGUUGGCCAGUUUGUUUAUGUGGUACGAAAGAGGAUCAAGCUUGGUGCUUCAAAGGCCAUCUUUGUCUUUGUCAAGAACACUUUGCCUCCGACAGCUUCUCUGAUGUCUGCAAUUUAUGAGGAAAAUAAGGAUGAAGAUGGAUUUCUCUACAUGACAUACAGUGGAGAAAACACAUUUGGGUUCGUUGAGCUUGGAAAUUAAUAUCUCAAAUGUAAAUCUGACAUUUCCUUGAUCUCGUCAUGGACAGCUAACUGUAGUUGUUGGUUUGCAUUCCACAUAUAAAAUCAAAUUUAUAUUCCUCUUUGGAAUAACCUAAUAACUUACAGAUGUUCAACUCUUGAUCUCUUAUCUUAUAGUGCCUUUCAUCUAA